AUGAAGUUCUUUGGCAUUGCCGCCCUCGUUGCGGGCCUUCUUGCCCCUUCGCUCGUCCUUGGUGCGCCGGCACUUGGCAACGAUAGAGAUCUUCUCACUCCCGUUGAUAAGAGACAGGACUUUGUGGCCCCAGGUUUCGGCGGUGGUUUCGGCGGUAACUGCAACUCCCCAACCAACCGGCAGUGUUGGUCUUUAGGAUUCAACAUCAACACCGACUUUGAACUCGGAACUCCUACUACCGGCAAUACCAGACGGUACACGCUCACGCUCACCGAGACCGACAACUGGAUUGGUCCUGAUGGUGUCAAGAAGGACAAGGUCAUGAUGGUCAACAACAAGAUCAUCGGCCCCACCCUUCAGGCCAACUGGGGCGACUAUCUCGAGAUCACCGUCAUCAACAGGCUCAAGUCCAACGGCACCUCGAUCCACUGGCACGGCAUGCACCAGCGCAACACCAAUAUCCAUGACGGCGUUAACGGCGUGACCGAGUGCCCGAUCCCGCCCAACGGCGGCAGCAAGGUGUAUCGCUUCCGGGCUACCCAGUACGGAACCUCGUGGUACCACUCGCAUUUCUCGGCGCAGUACGGCAACGGCAUCGUCGGGUCCAUCGUCAUCAACGGACCGGCCUCGGCCAACUACGACGUCGACCUUGGCCCUUUCUCGCUCAUGGACUAUUACUACGAGACGGCCGACCGCAUCAUGCUGCUUACACAGCGUGCCGGCCCUCCCCCUAGCGACAACGUGCUCUUCAAUGGGUUCGCCAAGCACCCGACUACCGGGGCUGGCCAGUAUGCCACGGUUUCGCUCACCAAGGGCAAGAAGCAUCGUCUGCGCCUCAUCAACACCUCGGUGGAGAACCACUUCCAGCUGUCGCUGGUGAACCACUCCAUGACCAUCAUCGCGGCGGACUUGGUUCCCGUGCAGCCGUACAAGGUCGACAGCUUGUUGCUGGGCGUGGGCCAGCGCUACGAUGUCAUCAUCGAUGCCAACCAGGCCAUCGGGAACUACUGGUUCAACGUGACUUUCGGCGGCAGUGGCCUGUGCGGUCUCUCCAACAACCCGGCUCCGGCCGCCAUCUUCAAGUACCAGGGUGCACCGAACGGCCUGCCGACCAACAAGGGCGUUGCGCCGCCCGACCAUCAGUGCCUAGACCUCGUCGACCUGAAGCCCGUCUUGCAGCGCAGCCUGAACACCAACAGCAUCGCGCUCAACACGGGCAACACGAUCCCCAUCACGCUCGACGGCUUCGUCUGGCGCGUUAACGGAACGGCCAUUAACGUCGACUGGAACAAGCCCGUUUUGGAGUACGUGAUGACGGGCCUCACCAACUACUCGGAGUCGGACAACAUCGUCAAGGUUGACGGCGUCAACCAGUGGAAGUACUGGCUCAUCGAGAACGACCCCGACGGCCCUUUCAGCCUGCCGCAUCCCAUCCAUCUGCACGGCCACGACUUCCUCAUCCUCGGCCGGUCGCCCGACGUGGCCGCCAUCAGCCAGACCCGCUAUGUGUUCGACCCGGCCGUGGAUAUCCCCCGCUUGAAGGGCAACAACCCGACCCGGCGCGACGUCGCCAUGCUUCCCGCCAAGGGCUGGCUGCUCAUCGCUUUCCGCACCGACAACCCGGGCGCGUGGCUGAUGCACUGCCAUAUUGCCUGGCACGUGUCGGGCGGCCUGUCGAACCAGUUCCUCGAGCGGGCGCAGGAUCUCAAGAACGGCAUCAGCAAUGCGGAUAAGCAGGCGUUCAACAACAACUGCAACGCUUGGAGGGCGUACUUCCCUGAUAACGCGCCGUUCCCCAAGGACGAUUCGGGUCUGAGGAGCGGUGUCAAGGCCAGAGAGGUGAAGAUGGAGUGGUAG